AUGUCAGCCCAGAUGGGACAAGCAGAGCAAGCAGAACUAUUGUUCGCUUUUCUGGAGGAUUUCACUCCGCUAGAGGAAUUGAAGAAGAUGAAUCUGGAGGGAUUCGACUGGAGCUCCCGGGAUGAGACUGGAAAGACGCUGUUGGUGUUUGCUAUUCAGCACGCCCUAUAUUCUCCCAGACUUGACAAUGCACUAAAGACCAUCGACUGGCUGAUCUACUCUGGGGCGAGCGUUCAGCAAAAAUGCACUGGCGGGAAAUCAGUGCAUGUGUUCGAGGAGAAACCAGACAAGCCGCGUAUCGAUGUGGAGUGCCAGGGUCUCAGUGCCAUUUCAUUUGUGCGGGCAUUGCAGCGGAAGAUGCGUGCAAAACUGGAACAUUGGAAAGACCAGGAGGCUUUUCUAGCCAAGGUAGUCAAGUCCUUUGCAGUGGCUUGCUUCCCAAGCCCGGCUCGCCGGCGGGUGUCCAUUGACGAGGGCAUUGCAGAGUUGUGGGAAAAGUCGUUGGCGGCAAAGGAUUCGCACGACUUGACCAUUGUAACUGCUGACGACGUGGUGACCGCGCAUGGUCACAUGCUGAAAGCAGCAUCAUCCGUGGUCACUGCGAUGUUGGAAUCGCCCAUGAAGGAAGGGAAGGCCUAUCGCAUUGAAAUCAAGGACACGUCCAGCAAGGCUUUGUCACUGUUCCUCGAGAUUUUGUACACUUGCUCAGCGCAAGAGGUGCCAGACCACGAAACCGCCUUGGGUGCUUUGGACUUGGCUCAUCGCUGGCAAGUGGAGGUGGUUGUUGCAAUCUUGGCAGAUCUAUUGGCAGGUAUGAUCAAUGAUGAGAGCUUUCAAACCAUAGCGGAGCAUGCUGUGCUCAAGGGCCUUGAGAGGCUGAAGACCGCUGCCCAGCGCUUUGGCGCUGAAUCCGAAAAAGUGCAGGCCAACCGGCCCCGCGUUGUCCAAUUUCAAUCUCGGCUCAAGCUGACCUCAAAGCUGGGCGCCUCCCGGCUGCCGCGGCGCAGCUCUUCCACGGAUCGCCAUCGAAGCCCGAGCCAAAGCCCAAACGCCUCCGGAUGUGAGGCAGUUGGGGUAGAGUCCCGGGUGGAGUGGAAGUUGCCGGAGGGCACCGAGCAGUUCACGGUGCUGUUGGUGGGUGGCUCCGAUGGCCUUUGUGACACCAUUCGCCUCAGGGAGGUGAACCAGCACUUCCGACACCUGGCCGAGGAUGCUGCGAGGUGGCACUUACAGGACAGGGACCCCAGCAUCCGAAUAGAGGCCUUGAAGGCUGCCAUCUUGGCAGCUGAGAAUGGCAAGCACGGAAGGAUCACAGAAGUCUUGGAUUGCAUGACGGACAGCGACGCUGCAAUGAGGCUGUUGGCCACCACCGCCCUGUCCUACUUGAUGGACGAGACGGACCUUGAGGCUCCACAGGCGAGGGCUGCGGGGCUGUUGUGUUUCUUGGACAACGACAGCGAGGUACGUCAUGCGGCGAAAGGUCUGCUAUCCGCUGUGGGCUUUGGGCACUGCAGCAUUGUACAUGGCCUGUCGAGCAUUGUCAGCUGCCGAAAGGAGGCAUGGCUUCGGCAGGAAGCUGUUGAAGCAUUAGCCCACCUCGCGCAGCGCGGGGACACCGAGGCCUUCGCGGUGGUGGUCCGCGCGCUGAAUGACCCAGACCUGGACGUUCGCCGGGAGGCCGUGGCGGCCUUGGGGGAUGUGGCGCCCUUUGGGGAUGCUAAUGGCACUGCCCUACUGUGUGAAUGCAGUACGGAUCCAGAUCCUACGGUGCGUUGUGCGUUGGCACAUGCCAGCACCAUUAUUUCGCCGUGGGGCGAUGAAUCAAUGACAACUGCAUUGCUUAGCUUGCUCGAAGACUCGCACUACGAGGUGCGCGCCAGGGCAGUGGACGCCCUGGGAGCCGUGGCGAAGCCUUCCAAGCAGGAAGUAGUGGAAGCCCUGAUGGCCUGUGCCCAGGACUCGCAAGAGCGUGUGCGCAGUGCGGUCCAACGCUCCCUGGCGUUGCUUGCACUGGACCCUCCAGUGGGUCAGGUGGUAUUGCCUUCGCCCGAACCGAUCGAGGGGUUGAAGUCGCAAAAGGCUGCAGUGCUAAGGAGGGAGAGCACUGAACAUAAGCAGGACUUGCCCCCGUCCUUGGCCUUGCUGUUGAACAGCAAGGGUUUCUUAUGCAUGUCCCGAAGUUCCAAGAUCCUUAUGGAAGGACCCCUGCCGGCCCUCAGUGUGGCCUUCGAUGCUCUGGUGGCUGCCCCGGAUGCGCCGGUCUUCUGGCGCCACCCGCGGGCGCGCUUCGUCACGGUGACGCCCAGCAGCGUGACGCAGCUGUGCCAGGACCAUGCACAGAGGAGCUGCCGGGAAGUGCUUCAUUUUGGCUAUGAAUAUUUGGCCGAUGACAUCUCCAGCCACUUAAGGGCCUUUGCCCUGGAUCAUGUGGCGGACGUGCUCCUGGCGGAGCUCACGCGAUGUCAAAAGGUGCUGCUGACCUUCGCCAAGGCCUUCUGGCCGCGGGCACCGCAUGUGCUCUUUGUGUACGAACCCAACGCCCUGGGCUUCGAGGCCUCCGCGCUGGACGCCAUGCUGGGCGCCCUGUGCGCCUGGUCGGGCGGCCUGCUGCUGGCCACGCAGCAGGCCAUGGAGGGCGGCACCUGGGAGCGCUGGAGCCUGGAAGACGUGGCCAUGGGCUGCUGA